UUGUAGUUGUUCUUAUAAGCCGGUGGUUUCAUCACAAUUCAAAUGUUCUCUCAUGCAAGCUAAUCUGUUUCAAAGUUCCAGAUAUGGUAACUAAGAUACUAUCUUAAAUUUAGCAUUCUUGGGUUCCAGUUGACUGGGAUCUUAAAAGGAGUUUGAGAAGUUAGAUGGCAUCCUAGAGUUGGUUACCGUAAGUACUACCUCUAUCCCGUUAUGAUUAUCCUCUUCUAUCACGAUUUCAUACCAAAUUUGAUAAAAUUUGUGUGAUUUUAAAUCAUUCUUACUUUAUCAAUUCAAUAUUAACCACAUAAACCACUUUUUAUUAAUUUUCGUGUCAUUCUCUCUUAUCUCAUUGUUAACGGGAUGGAGGGAGUAUGUAAGAAUGAGGUAUUAUUGACCACAUGUUCGUGACGAAUGAUACUAACAUGGAAGUGUAUAGUACUUUAGAAGGAAAAAAUUGUAGUGAAUUAAUGGAACGAACUAAAAAUAUUAGGUUCAAGAAGAAAGAAGAUACUAUCUAUAUACAAAAUCUAACUAAAAAUCAUAAAAAUACCCCUUGAAUAUUCCAUUCUGCUUAGUGCUUACAGACAAGUAAAAAAGGGCUAUUUGGUCAUAAUAAUGUCAUAGUAACAACUUCGUCCGAACCUUCAUUUAUUGUAUAUCCACAUCGGGCGGAUAGUAGACCGGUUGACGCGGUUACUAGCCGGAGGUAAUUUGCGGCCACCGCCGUCGAUGGCGACUGUUAUUUUGCUAUCCACUACUUCUUUGACGCGGCCAUCUAAACUCUCGUCACGGGAAAGCUUAAAAGACAUAGCUCACAUCAAGACUACGAAGUGGCAUCGUGCUAGCGAAGAAUUCGGAUUGUUGCACCGACGCAAAUUUCUCGAUUUCAGCAGACUCCAUUGGAGACGCCGUAAUUCCCUUCUUACGGUGGAAUCCGGCGGAGAUGGUGAUGGGUCGAUUUCAGAAAGCAACGAGAAUGUUCAGAGGAGGAGAUUAAUACAGGCAGUUCUAUGGAUUGCAGAGGGUAUCUAUGUGCUUUGGCUCUUUGUACUCCCCUAUGCGCCGGGAGAUCCCGUAUGGGCAAUCAGUUCAGACACAGUGAAUCAUCUGGUUGGCCUUUCUCUGAACUUCUUCUUCAUUUUGCCCCUAUUGAACAAUGUCCUGAUAAAAAUUUUGGUACCUCUCAAGAGAUCAAGUAUCGUAAGAAUCACAGGUGGGCAAUAAACAGUAGUCCUGCACCAACUGUGGGGAAAGUCAAAGACAUGGACCUUAUAUGAGAUUGCUUUGAUACUAGUAUGAUACCAAAAGUGGAGUUGUUUCUUUUCUUCACAAAUAACUAAGUAAGUUUCCAUUUGGCUAUCCAGUAAACAUAAUAAAACGACAAACUUUCCUCCCAUAUUUGUGUUACUUUUUCUCUUUACUCGGGAUUAGGGGGUGCUGUUAAAUUUAUGUCAAAAUCAAUUAUCACCCUAAAAAGAAAUCCUUUUUAUAAGUUACUUGAGAGAGGAAGGUGUACAGUGUACUAGUUAAUAAGUUGAGUGUAUCAUCACAAGGACUAAGAUGACCACAAAUUGAAAUAUGUUAAGGUUCCAUAUUUUCUCAUGGAUGACCCUAAGGGACUAAAACGGCUAAAUUCAAACAAUGGAAGGACCAAAGUUUUCCUUUUUCCGGUGACAUCACAGCCGUACUUGGAAUGAUUUAAUUGGUUUGUAUAGAUUCUUUUGUUUGCCAGGUUGCUUUUUCUACAAUGAACAUUGUGCUGUAGUUUGAGAUGGAUGCCUAACUUCAUCGGGCAUUCAUUUCUUAUUGGAGGCGCCUGUGAUACAUCCAAUGUCUGAAGGGUUAUUCAACUUUGUUAUUGGGUGGAAAUUUAUGUUUGCGCCUUUGUUGUUCACUGACCGUAAGAGUGGUCGGUAUAAAGGAUCUUUGGAUGUUCUGUGGGGCUUCCAAAUGUUCCUCACAAACACUUUCUUAAUACCAUACAUGGCCAUAAGACUGAAUGGAAUGGACAAAGAUGUUCCAAGAAAGGCCUCCUGGUUAGGUUCCACCAUGACCAGCGGUGCACGCACUGUCGGGCUAAUUGGCGUUGGUGUCUGUUUGGUUUCAACAAUUUGGGCAUUGUUUGGCCGAGGAGCAGAUGGUUACUUCGGUGGCAUUUCAGAAAGAUGGGAGUUCUUGGUGAGUUAUGUACGAACCGAAAGACUUGCCUACGCCUUCAUUUGGGAUAUCUUCCUCUACUUGAUUUUCCAACCAUGGCUCAUAGGAGACAACUUGCAAAACAUUCAAAAGGAUAAGGUUAAGGUGGUAAAUUAUCUUCGGUUUGUCCCAGUUAUUGGGUUAGCUGCCUAUUGCCUUUUUCUAAAUCUUGAUGAUGACAAAUCGUACAGUUGAAAUGCUAAUGGAUGGACACCAUUUUGUAAAAGUGAAAAGAAAUGAUGUACUCGUUAAUUAUUUUUUGUUUGAAAAUUUAAUAGUAGAGGUUUAACCUCAAGUUCAAAACAUUUUCCUUUUCAAUUGAUUCCUUGGGGGUUUAAUGCAC